AUCGUGACGAGUGAAUGCAAGUGCUAUGGGAAUGAAAGUAUUCAAACAUAGACGCUGACAAAAAAAAAAUGAAAGAGUUACGACUCAGUUUUUUUCCAUCAGAACUACGUUCAAAAGACAAUAAAAUCGAAAGUCAAGAUGGAAAUGUUAAUUUUGGAUUGAAUCGUACACUUUUGUUAAAACAGACUUUAGUUGCUUUGGGGCCAUUGUUGUUAACGAUAUGUUCCGGUAUGACAUUUGGAUAUUCAGCUAUUCUACUACCCCAACUACAAACAUUAAACAACGGCACUAUAUCUAUUGAUAAAGAAGAAGCAUCAUGGAUUGCGUCAAUGGCGGCUCUCCCGAUGGCAUUGGGCUCCGCUUUCGGCGGGUUUUUUUCAGCAAAAUUAGGCAGAAAAAGGACACAUACUCUAGCUUGUUUACCAACUUUCCUCAGUUGGAUCCUGAUUUAUUUAGCGACAGAUACGAAAAUGAUCCUUACAGGCAGGUUCAUAUCAGGAUUCGUAACCGGAAUGCUCGCAUCAGUCACAGGGGUUUAUAUUGGAGAAACAUCUGAUCCUGCCAACAGGGGGUUUUUAUUAGCUGGUAUAUCGUUCUCCGUUUCUUUAGGUUUAUUUCUAUCACAUCUGUUAGGAACCUUCCUGUCGUGGCAAAAUACGGCUCUAAUAUGCUCAAUCCUACCAUUUUUAAGCCAAAUCUCGAUGUUAUUCACUCCGGAAUCCCCGUCUUGGUUAGCCGACAAAGGAAAAAUAAAAGAAGCAGAACGAUCGUUCUAUUGGUGUCGAGGCAAUAACGAAGAAGCAAAAAAAGAAAUCCAAAUAAUGCUUCAACGUCAAAACAAACAAUCCCAAGAAGAAAACGUGAAAUUGGACAACUUUUUAGAACCGGAAUUUUGGAAACCGUUAGGGAUAAUUUCUGUGUAUAUUGUAGCGAAUCAAUGGGCCGGUAUUAACGCUAUAACAUUUUAUUCGGUGAAUAUAAUGAGGGAUACUAUAGGGGAUGAAGUUAAUGAGUAUUUAGCUACUCUCAUCAUCGAUAUUAUGAGGCUUUUUAUGUCGACUAUAGCUUGUGUUCUAUUAAAAACAUUAAAAAGACGAUCCUUAGCUCUGAUAAGCGGAUUUGGUACUAUAAUUCCCUUAUUUACCCUCAGUUUAUACACUUAUUUAGUUAAAACACAUCCUGGAUUAUCUUCUGGAUAUAUACCUUUACUAUGUCUUAUAUGUUAUAUAAUAUUUAUAUCUAUAGGUUUUGUACCAUUACCUUGGGCGAUGAUGGGGGAGUUGUUUCCUUUACGACAUAGAAGUAUCGGUAGUGGUAUAUCGUCUGUACUGGCUUUUUUGGCGUUUUUUAGUGUGGUUAAAUGCGUACCUGAUAUGUUCCAAAAUUACGGACCUCACGGAACUUUUUUUACCUUCGGUAUUGUGGCUUUUGUAGGUACGAGUUUUGUGUAUUUAUUUUUACCCGAAACUAAAGGUAGACCGUUGCACGAAAUAGAAGAUUCUUUUAAAAAAUAAUUUAUAAGACUGUUAAUAGCUAAUAAAAUAAUUAUAA